AUGAGAGCUCUCUACUCUUUAUAUUUAUUGAUUUUAUUUGUCGCUGGUGUUCUGGCCAGAGGUGAGGAGUUUGAAUGGUACGGCAAGUCAUUAGCUGUUUAUUCUUGUUUCUAUGAAAUCAACUAUUCCAAAGGUUUCAAAUUUUGUCAACCUGGAGAUAGGACUUGUGCAUGUACUAAUGAAAAUGCUAUGGCAUCGUUAGCUGGUUGUCUUACUUAUAAGAAUAGAAACACUACGGAAAUGAUUUAUAAUUUCGUUGGAUUUUGUCAAAAGAAUUUAAAUAUUACAGUUAGUCAUGAUUGGUUUGAUAAAGCAAUCACUCAUUUCAACUUAAAUGCCAAGAAUGAAGAUGCUGUUUUAAAUGAAAUUACUUCCUCGACUAGAGAUGGUGAUUCUACUUCAGAAGCAAGAGGUGGAAAUGGUUUAUUGGUGUCUGGAGGAGGAAAUAAUUCCACCGAAUCAAGAGGAGGAAAUGGCCCAAACGAUUCCAGAGGUGGAAAUGUUUCAUCUGAUACAAGAGGGGGCGAUAAUGCAUCUGCUACAAGAGGUGGGAAUUCUGCAUCAGAAACUGAAGUAAGAGGUCAAGAAGGCUCAUCAGAAUCAAGAGGUAGUGGAAAGUCAGAAGGAAAAGAUGGGAAUAGCUCUUCAGAAUCAGAAGGUGGUUAUAGUUUGGAACCAAAGGACGGAUCUAGAGAAGAAAGAGGAACAUCUGAUGGCAGAGAUAAAAGCUCUGAAUCAAAACGUGAAAAUACUUCAUCCGAAUCAAGGGGUGGAAACUCCUCUGAAACAAAGGGUGGAAAUAGUUCUGAAUCAAAGGAAGAAAAUAAGCCCUCCGAUUCAAAAAAUGAGGAAUCACCUUCUGCAUCAAAAGGAGGAAGAGGAUCAGGAGAAAGACCCAGUGCUACAAUUGUUAACUUUCCUGUGAGAUUUCUGCCAAAGAAUAUGGAUUACUUUGAAGAUAUCGCUAAAAGAUUCUUAUUGAAUUUUGAUAAUUCCAUUUGGUAUGGUGUAUCAACCUUUGGUUUCUGGUUAAUUAUCUUAUUAUUUAGUUCAAUUAGUCAUUAG